GGAUUGUUUUCCGGGUUCGAUUUGGAACCUGUGAAGCCCAAGAAGCAGGCGCCUAAUCCGGUCGUGAAACAACGCGUCGAAACCCGCGUCGAAGAAAACGUCAACACCGUGAACCCAGUCAAGCCUCAACCCAGGGUGUCGGUGUCGACGAAUAUCGUCAUCACUUCGCCGAAACCCGCUGAGGUUUCUGUGAGUCCCUCGAAAUCCAAGCCAGCUUUCGCUUCCAGUCUGUUUGAGUUGGAAACCCUGGCCGAGGAUUCGGUGCUGACCCCGGUUCACAAUGGACUCGUGUCGCAUCAUUAUGACUUCUACUAUUCAGAACCGAAACUCAGCAUUGAAAAUAGCUUCAGGUCAGAGGAACGCCUCGUGACCCCGAGCAAACCCAAAGUGGAUGUCCAGUCAAAAGUCGACGUACGAGUGGAAGUGAAUGACGGGAAGCAAUCCCGGCGCAAACCCGACGUCUCCAUCAUUCCCCCGAUCCCCGAAAAGAAACCCAAAGCUGCCGUGUCCCUGCAACCCUCCAUCGACGCCACGUCCCUCGGGGUGCUCACCACCCUCGGCGGCACCACCGUCAUGACCGGCACCACCACUGUCCACGAAACCAAGGUCGUCGGCACCGUCAUGGACGGCGUCUACGCCCAAGUACUCCAGUCCACGUCCCACAUCUUCGUCGACAACGACGAGUACUUUUCCGCACCGAACCCGGGCCUCGGGGAAGCCGUGGUGGACGAAGUCAAGACUGUUCACUCGGUCAUCACUGGCGGGUCGACAACCGUCAUUGCUCCGGUCUUGGAGGGCACUGUGGACCCGGAAGUGUACAAUUUCCGGUCCAGGGCGCCGCAGUUGAUGGUCGACUACGAGGACUUCGAGGUGGAGCCCAACAAUGACGAGUUAUUCGUCAGCAAGUCGAAGAGGCCGAAGAUCGUGUCGACGCCCUUGUANCUUUAA